AUGGUUACUGCCGAACAAAUUCAUGAUAAAUCAUUUCCGAUAAGAGAACGGAUAGAAGCUCUUAUCAGAUUAAAGCAAGCUGAAAUUACUAAAGGAUUGGCUGCUUUAGAUACUGUACAAUUUCUCACUGAUAAAUGGGAAAGAGGUAAUGAUGGAGGUGGUGGUGAAUCUAUGGUAAUACAAAAUGGUACUACUUUUGAAAAAGGUGGUGUUAAUAUCUCCAUUGUUCAUGGAAAAUUACCACCUCAAGCUGUUCAAAGAAUGAGAGCAGAUCAUGCUAAUUUAAAGGGUUCAUCUGAUGGUAGUGUAAAUUUCUUUGCUUGUGGAUUAUCUAUGGUUAUUCAUCCUAUAAAUCCUCAUGCACCAACUACACAUGCUAAUUACAGAUAUUUCGAAACUACAGAUCCUGAAACAAAUGAAGUUCAAGCUUGGUGGUUUGGUGGUGGAGCAGAUUUAACUCCAUCUUACCUUUACGAAGAAGAUGCCAUUUUAUUUCAUCAACAACACAAGGAUGCCUUAGAUAAGCACGAUAAAGAAUUAUAUCCAAAAUAUAAGAAAUGGUGUGAUGAAUAUUUCUAUAUUAAACAUAGAAAUGAAUCAAGAGGUAUUGGUGGUAUUUUCUUUGAUGAUUUUGAUUCUAAACCGGCUGAUGAUAUCUUGUAUAUAAUUGAAGACUGCUUUGAUGCCUUUUUACCAUCAUAUGUACCAACUAUUUUGAAAAGAAAAGAUACGCCAUAUACGAAAGAGCAAAAGGAAUGGCAACAAUUAAGAAGAGGAAGGUACGUAGAAUUUAAUUUGGUAUUAGAUAGAGGUACUCAAUUUGGCUUACAAACUCCUGGUUCAAGAGUAGAGAGUAUUUUAAUGUCUUUGCCAAAGACAGCUUCUUGGUAUUACGAUCAUCACCCUGUCCUGGGAUCUGAAGAAGACCGCUUGCUCCAAGUAUUACAAAAUCCAAGAGAAUGGGCCGUUUAG